AUGAGUAAUGGCGGUGGCAACGACAGAUUGGAGUUUUUGAGAAGGGUUGCAGGGGAAAAUGUCAUACCUGUGCCUUCGAGGUUCAAAAAGCAUGGGUAUCGGAAGCCGUCGCGGCGACACAAGUCGGCAAGGCAGCUGAUUGCGGACGAGUCGAAGAGGAUUUCGUUGCUGUUGCAGGAGGAAGGCGGCGGUGUCAAGAGGGUGCCGAAGGUUACGUAUUUUAACGUGAACGGGCCGCCGUCGAUGCGGCCGACAAAGAAGUACUGCGAUAUCACGGGACUGGCGGGUCUGUACAGGUCUCCCGUCAACAACUUGCGGUACCACAACGCGGAGAUCUACCAGCUGGUGGUCAAGCCUAUGGCGCCGGGCGUGGAUCAGGAGUAUUUAAAGCUUAGAGGAGAUCACUUUGUACUAAAAUGA